GGAACAGAUCAUCCACGCAGUGAGCGCAGUGACGAUCGAAUUUCUUGGGGCAACGUGAGCACGACGAGUUGCGAGCAACGUCGAGAAACCAAUACGUACAGGUACCGUAGCAGAAAACAAAGAUGGCCCAUCACCCGUCUGCAUAGCAAGCAAUCACCAUUAGCUUUUGGAGCCCUUACCUAUUCAGGCUUCUCGAUUGGAAUUGCACACACUUGCAGUUAGACUAGUCUACGAAUCCAGAUUAGAUUUCUUUUCGUCUCGAUCGACGAUUUCUCACUCUUUUGCAGAGGUCAGGAAAGGGAACAGAGCAAUCCAAGAUUCGGUGUCUCGUCAUUUGGAAGAAUCUAUAAACCAUGAAGCUCUUAUUGGUGAACCGAAAACAAAGUCGAGCUAGACCUUGGCAAUGUCAAACCAUCGUUCUGGUAUUGGUGCUGUUGGCCCUCUCCCACUUUUCCACUAGCGCUAGGGCGGAUGAUAAUACGGAAGAGAAGGAAACCACAUCCACUACUGGAAGUAAGGGACCUUUCAAGCCCAUGGCUCUCCAAGAUGCCGUCAAGAAAACAUUGCACCAAGAUGCUCAGGCCGCCCGGGAAAAGUACUGGCAGAAAACCCUAGAAGAAAUCAGAUCCCUCAAGUCUCCAAAACCAAAAAAAACAAAGACAGAUAGAGCCGUCACAGUCAACAAUCUGAAUCGUUGGAAACUAUGGUCUACUACUACUACUAGUAGACCCAGCAGUCUUGCCUCGAGCACGGAUGCAGCAGUCAGUGGUACUAUUGGCCAAGAAACAACAACACAACAACCUGAAAAGGCAACACCACAAGAUCAGAAAUCACCAGACAUUAUACUCCAGGAGCCAGAACGGUACAAUGGAUACUUUUCCUGGGAACGACAGCUUCAGGAAUGGGCGGAUGAUAUCCAAGAAUAUAUGGACAAAGUGGGAGCGGAAGGCAAAGGACAAUAUCCCAUGUCAACGUUUGGAAUACCCAAGGAAAGUGAUAAUCUCAAAGGAGAUGGUUCCAAGGAAGCGAAUGACAAUUCUGCCACUACUCAAGUCGCUGACUCUGCCAGCAGUGCCAUCGAUAUUGGCAUGGUGGAAAAGGAAGAAAAGGCGGACACGAUAGUACCUUCUGCUGCUGCAGCUACUGAAGUUGUUGCCGAACCAACCAAUUCCUCCCCCACAAAAACUACUGCUACCAGCGACAAGAACAACAACCUACAAAACAAAGUACCACGUCCCGUUCCCGCAUCUCGCAAAGAGGGUGAAGCCGUGUUGCCCCACACGGAUAUUUCGGACAAAUCCAAACGCGUGUGGAUUGUCACAACGGCUGCCUUGCCAUGGAUGACGGGAACCGCCGUAAACCCACUGCUCCGAGCUGCCUACAUGACCGAGGGACGCAAGGAAGCUGGUGGAAGUGUCACACUCUUGUUGCCGUGGUUGGAACGACAAGAAGAUCAAGACAUGGUCUAUGGACAGGGCAAAUCGUUUUCGACACCCGAGGACCAAGAAGCGCACAUUCGAGGGUGGCUCAAGAACACUGCCAAGAUGGAAGACGCCAGUGAAGUAUUGGACAUUCGAUGGUACACGGCAUGGCAAAACAAGGCAGAAAACUCGGUAUACAGUAUGGGGGAUAUUGUGGCCGACAUUUCCGAAGAUGAAGUUGACAUUAUGGUGCUGGAAGAACCAGAACAUUUGAAUUGGUACCGGGCCCCUGGAGAAGCCUGGACUAGAAAAUUCAAGCAUGUGGUUGGCAUCGUUCACACAAACUACUUUGUUUAUGCGCAAGACCAACCCGCAGCGUUCCUUCGAGCUCCUGGAAUGAAACUUCUUUGCACUUGGAUGUGCCGUUCUCAUUGCCAUCGACUGAUCAAACUGUCUGGGACACUCCCUGUGUAUGCCCCUGAGAAGGAACUGAUUGAAAAUGUUCAUGGUGUCCGGGGAAGGUUUGUGGAAAUUGGGAGAGAGUUGCGACAAACGUUGCUGUCACCGGAGGCAGCGGCUGCUGAUCCCGUGUUCUCCCCGAAUGCGGAACCAGCUGUCUACUUCAUCGGCAAAAUGCUAUGGUCCAAAGGUAUUGGUCCCUUGAUGGAACUUUUGAAGUAUGCCGAGGAAGCAGCCAACAUUAAGCCGAAGAACGUUGAUAUGUAUGGCGGCGGUCCUGAUAAAGAUGCUGCAGAGGAAAAAGCCAAAACGAUGGGUUUGGAUAUGACGUUCCAUGGUCCUAUUGACCAUGCGGCACUAGCAACUUCUCACAAGGUAUUCAUCAAUCCAUCCACCUCAGAAGUGCUGUGCACGACAGUGGCUGAAGCGUUGGCAAUGGGAAAAUUUGUGGUGCUGCCUUCACAUCCCUCCAAUGAUUUCUUCGCUCAAUUUCCCAAUUGCCUGACCUACACCAGCAAGGAAGAGUUCGUGGGGGUUCUGUAUUACGCUCUAACGCACAGUCCCGAGCCCAUGUCGGAAGAAUAUUCCUAUGCUUUGACCUGGGAAGCGGCAACCGAACGGUUUGAAGCUGCCGGUUGCAUUCCUGUUGAGGAAGCCGAGAACUACAAGAGAUGGGUUGCAUCAGGCGACGCCGGAAUUGACAUUUCCCUCCCUCCGCUGAUCGAGAGUGAAGAGGACAGAAAGCUGGUCGCCACAACGCUUGAAAAGUCGCGUUCCAACUUCCGAAAGUUCCGCGAUAAUCUUUCUCGGGAAAUCAGUGUGAACAAAGUGCUACCAAAGGCUGUGCGAGAGAGUGUUGUAAAGGAGCUUAACCGCCGCCUUGAUUUGAAUAUCGAUGAACUCUUGAACUCACCCAAGCUGGAACUGAAGCUAUCUCCAGCUGAGCUUGAUCAGCAAUGCCUUGAGCUAUUCGAAUCUGUAAGCAAGGGUCCCAGCGGUGAUGUCCUGCGCAUUAUUGGUGGUGGAAAUGAUGUUGCCCUUCAACACAGAUAUAUGAAGCGGCAGGCGAUUAAGCAACUGAAAGCCGCCAACGCCAUGAAUUCAACUGUUCCUUUCUUUGUGGGUGGCUCUGUUGAGAGCACCGACGAAAACUCCAGGACAGCUUCGCAGUGGGUUAGGUGGGCGAUGAGAAGGAAUUUGCCGACGAAUGGAACGAUGUCCGUAUUACCGAGUCAACCGCAAAAACCUUCUGGAAGUUCCACCGCCGCGAAAGCACCGGCCCAAAAAGAGACAGAGAACAAUUUGCAAAUGAGUAUUCUUCAACCAAGCCCGUCAACAUGUGGGUAUGGGUCGCUGUCAUCGAGCAGGGGCAGCUCCUGGACCGGAAUGGCGGUGCCGCCUCCAUCCCGAUUGUUAUCCAAUGCAAGAAAGCUUUCUGCCAACCGCGGCAGAAAAGGGUUAUCGCUAUUGAUUUAGAAUGGAGCCAAGCCAUCGAGACUUGCACUGUACUGCUAACAAACGAAUCAUACAUGGCUACGUUCCUUGCUUUUCAAUUGAACACUUGUAACGUCUACAAAGUAAAGAAAUCUUUAGAAAUAGAAAGCUACAGCACAGCAGUCGA